AUGAAUCCAGGGCUGCAGCUGGGACCCGCCAGCCCCGGGGACCAGGCGGUUACACACCGGUCCCCGGCGCGGUGCGGGCACUCGCCCGGCACCGGUUCCGCCAGCAGGUUUGUGCAAUCGGUGCCUCCCCCGGGGUUUGCGGCCCUGCCACAGACCCUCUGGCAGCCCUCCGACAUCGACCCCCGGGCGCUGCGCAGCAUCGCUGCCUACGCGGAGGCCAUGCAGGUGCCCAACGUGCUGCCCCCCAUCCUGCUGGAUGUCUCACAGGGCUGGGAGACGUGGGGGGGCACCCAGCCCGCCACCCUCGACCUCCUCGUCAGCAUCAACAUGAUGCACAUCGCGGAGCUGCGGAGCACCGAGGGCCUGUUCAAGGGUGCUGGGGUGCUGCUGAAGCCUGGAGGCGUGCUCUUCACCUACGGGCCCUACGCCGUGGAUGGCCGGAUCAGCCCCCAGAGCAACGUGGACUUUGACCGCAGCCUGAGGCAGAGCAAUCCCACCUGGGGCCUUCGGGACACGGCGCUGCUGCGGCAGCUGGCUGAGGCCAACGGGCUGCACCUGGAGAGGAUGGUGGACAUGCCGGCCAACAACAAAAGUCUCAUCUUCCGCAAGCAGUAACCUGCCCCCACCUUCCAGCACCUCCCGGCAUCUCCCGGCACGGCCGCCCCCCCCCCCUAUUACCUCUGCCUCCUCGAGGGGUCACCCCAUCCCCGCACCGGUGCCAGCCACGGCUGGGGACAGCAGCGAUGGGACGGUGCCCUACUUGCCCCAGCCUGGGCUGGGCUUGGCUGGUGGGCUGGGGGGGGGGAUCCAUCUCCCCUGGCCCCUCUGGGGCUCCCUUUGCAAUGGGGCGCCCCAGCCUGGCCCAGAGGAGCUGCCGCAGCUGCCACAGGGGGCAUAGGCAUGGGGGGGCACAGCACCCCUGGGCGCGGGGGAGACCUCUUGCUCAGUGCCGGUUUCCCCGGAGGACGCCGUGCCAAUGGCGGGGGGGCCUGUCCCCCUUUCCCCACCCCAAGGACCCCAUCCCUCCCACCAAUAAACUCCAGGGCUUUGCCA